AUGAAAUUCGUAGAAAACGAGAAAGGUUAUGAAAAUGAGACGAACAAUCGUGACGAGUUGAUAUUCAGUGCGAGCGAAACUGAAGUGCAGAGUGCCUCAUCGUUGCUUGCCAAACAUGAUUUGGGAAGGUUAACGAUCAAAGAGUAUCGAGGUAACGUUUGA